AUGUACGUACUAUUUCUAUCUAUCUAUCUAUCUAUCUAUCUAUCUAUCUAUCUAUCUAUCUAUCUAUCUAUCGCACUAGCUAUGGCAGUCUGUUACUAUCUCUCUCUCUCUCUCUCUCUCUCUAUCUAUCUAUCUAUCUAUCCGUCACGUCAUAUCUAUCUAUCUAUCUAUCUAUCUAUCUGUCUUUCGCGGUCUUUUCCUAUCUAUCUAUCUAUCUAUCUAUCUAUCUAUCUAUCUAUCUAUCUAUCUAUUAUUAAUAAUUGUUGUUUAUUUGAUUCUUUCUUUCUUUCUUUCUUUCUUUCUUUCUUUCUUUCUUUCUUUCUUUCUUCGUCAUCGUCUUUGUUUCUUUCCAAUUCGCCCACUUUCUUUGUCAUAAAAUUCUUUCAUUCUUAUAGAAUCCUUUCUUUCUUUCUUUCUUUCUUUCUUUCUUUCUUUCUUUCUUUCUUUCUUUUUCUUUUAUUCUUAGAAAAUUCUUUCUUUCUUUCUCCGACAAAUUUUUGUUUAUUUGUUUCUUUCUUUAUUUCUUCAUUUCUACGACUAAAUUUUCUUUCUUUUCUUUCUUUCUUUCUUUCUUUCUUUCUUUCUUUCUUUCUUUCUUCUUCAUCUUGUUUAUUUGUUUCUUUCCACUUUCUUUCUCUCUUUCUUUCAUCUAUCUAUCUAUCUAUCUAUCUAUCUAUCUAUCUAUCUAUCUAUCUAAAUCUAUCUAUCUAUCUAAAUCUGCUCCUAUCUAUCUAUCUAUCUAUCUAUCUAUCUAUAAAUAAAUGUGUUUUUGUUUCUUUCUUUUACUUUUUUCAUAUCAAUCUUUCUUUCUUUCUUUCUUUCUUUCUUUCUUUCUUUCUUUCUUUCUUUCUUUCUCCUGGAGAUUUUCUCUCGUCGAAUUCUUCCUCUUCUUCUUCUUCUUCUUCUUCUUCUUCUUCUUCUUCUUUGUUUGCUUCUUGUUCUUCCUCUUGUUCUUCCUCUUGUUCUUCUUGUCCUUUUUUUUUCUUCUUCUUCAUAUUAUUUUUUCUUCUUUAUCUUCUUUUCUUCUUCGUUACCUUUUCGCGGCCACUCUCUGAUCACACGUGUCUCACCGAAGGUCGCGCCUUGUUCAUCUACGCAUUUCAUACUUUUGAAAAUAUUCCCCCUCACCACCUUGCACCCCCCACCGCACCCGUGACCACUUUCCAUCAAAGCCUGACAUCACAGCUGUCAAAAAAGGCCCCCCUCACGCCCGCCUCUCUUCCUGUCAUUACAGAUUUCCUUUCUACCAACACCCUUGCAGAACAAACGAAGACACAACACGCUCAUAUGCAAUUCCUUGUGUCUCUUUCUCACGGCACCGACCCCACCCGCAUUACUUUCGUCAACUUUUACAGCUGUCAUCAUCUCACGUUAUCAAAUGCAAGAAACGUAACGACGUUCCUCAGUGACGUUUUAAACGGUAGUCGAAGCCUCGGGAAAAUCCGGCGAUGGCAUGUCCGUGUGACACUUCUGUCACCAGAAAAUGGACAAGCGGCCAUCAACGAUACUUCGCUUCAACUUCGUCUUCUUUUCUCUCGUUUUCUGCCAGAAGCUGAGUUUUUAUUCUUUCUUUCUUUCUUUCUUUCUUUCUUUCUUUCUUUCUUUCUUUCUACUUCCCAUUGUUUGUUUCUUCCUUUCCACUUCCUUUGUAGUUUUUCUUUCUUUCUUUCUUUCUUUCUUUCUUUCUUUCUUUCUUUCUUUCUUUCUUUCUUUCUUUCUUUCUUCUUCGGCUUCUUCCUUUCGUUUUCCUCUUCGCACAUUCUGAACAAAUUUUUCUUUUUAUCUGUAGUCUUUUUCUUUUUCUCUACUUCUUUCUUUCUUUUUUCUUACUACUUCGCCUUGUUCGUUCUUUCUUUCCCCUUCGCCAUCUUUCUUUCUUUCCAAAUUUGA